AUAGAUUCCUUUCUUUAAUGAAGACUAGAAUAUAAGUUGGUGUAUUACCUGAUUCUGAUGACUUGCGUUGAUUGUAAUCAGACAGUCGUGAUGAUAACGUCCACGUUUUCAAAUGGAGGAGAAGAAAAGUUCCUCCUUUCUGUCUAAUACCACAUGAAAGUGGUGGGUUUUUGGCAUCCUAUUUGUCCAGCUUCCAUAUUCGUUUUUAUACACUUUACAAGAAAUAUAUUGGCGUCAAACUCCGUAGCUUGCUAGCUUGUUUACGCUGGCUUUCGGAGACUCUUGUUUUGAAAGCGCAGGCGCGAUGGCGCUGCACUUUUAUUGUGAAGAUAGGAACGUCCUCAUGUGCGGUCAGUCUUGGGGCUUUUGACGGUACGGUUGAAAUAAAACAAGUAUCUUUUUUCCUUCACACUUUUGAUUGAUUGAUUGGAACUUUUAUGAGUAGAUUGCACAGUACAGUACAUAUUCAGUACAAUUGACCACUAAAUGGUAACACCCCAAUAAGUUUUUCAACUUGUUUAAGUCAGGUCAUGUGACCACCUGGCUCUGUUUGAUUGGUCCAACGUCACCAGUGACUGCAUCUGAUUGGUGGAACGAAGUGAAACGUCACCAGUAAGGCAGGCACUUUGAAGGUCUGACUGACAGACCAAAACAAACAAAGCGUGCAUUAACAGAUCGAUAAAAAUUAGUAGCGAGUAGCGAGCUGAAUGUAGAUAAAAGUAGCGGAGUAAAAGUAGCGUUCCUUCUCUAUAAAUAUACUUAAGUAAAAGUAAAAGUAUGUUGCAUUAAAACUACUCUUAGAAGUACAAUUUAUCCCAAAAGUUACUCAAGUAGAUGUAACGGAGUAAAUGUAGCGCGUUACUACCCACCUCUGCACUGGACUAAUAAUGGUUCAUAGUGGUUCAAAAUGUCUUAACAUUUAGCUUGUUCUAACUAAGUGUAUUAUAAUUUCUGUUAGACUAUAAUUGCAUUUUUAUUAUUUUACACAAAGUCCUUCUGUUGUCAACUUGGUGUUGUAUUGAAUUUGUUGAAUUUGUGUUAAUUCCUCUGUACAUUUUUGUUUAUACACAAGUAGAAGAAUGGCUUCUCCCAGAUCUCUCACAACAGUCCUCCUGGAUGGCAGAGACAUUUUCAAGAAGACUUACACUCUUGGUAAUGUCAAGGACAUUACAGAGGCGUGUACAUCUGCACUGUCGUGCAAAGCAGAAAUGACCAGAAUUCUGAAAUUCUGCUCAGAUUUUAAUAAAUACAUUGACACUGAUGUGAACUGCAAUGUUGAAAACAUGGAUACAUUCCAAAUUCUAUUCAAGUCCAUUCAAUCAGAUGUUUGUGAUGUCAGUGUGACUGCUGUCACCACACAGGAAAUGGAAGUACAGCAGGUAUGUUUGUUCAUUUGCUCAUGUCUGUUAAUUUAUGGAAGGUCACUAAACAUAAUAUUCUGUUUAGUGAGCCUGUGUGCCUUUUAUGUGUAGUAUUAUUAUCCCAGUGCUUAGAUUAAGUGGUAAUAUCUCUACAGCAGUAUACUGGUUAAAUAAAAUACUGUGUAUAUGGACUGUUCCUUCAGAUUUCAACAGCAGCCAGUGAUCUUGAUCCUGAGAGUGUGAAGACUUACCUCCAACAAAAAGAUCCCAGGAUUUUUGCAUUCUACGAGGAGAAUGGGACCCUUACAGAAAAAUUAAGAAGGGUACUGGUAACAACUGCCGUCAGUUUCCUUGUUGAAAAAAUGGGAUUUAUGUUUUUCCUCAGUUAUCCAGUAAGUGCGGACACAAAACUCCUCGCCAGAACCAUUGUGACACUUUACCCAUCACUUAACAUCAAGAUGGAGGACGAAAAUGAAGGAUAUGUAAAGGAAUGUUGUUAAGAGAACACUUCUAUGAUCCAACAAGUCACACUGGCUUUCUGGAAGAUAAGCUGAGGAAUAUCCGCCGAAAACUAAGGGAUGAUCGGCGCCGUUAUUGCAGAAGAGGUGGCUCAUCUGAAGUCACUGUUUGACUUGAAGAAGUUACAGAAAGUGAUGAGUCUGUCCAAGAAUGGAUAACUGUGAUAAAAAGGAUGAAUCCUAGUCCUGAGAACCUUUCUUCGAUCAAGAUGGGUAUGGACAAAACCGACUUCCACCGAAGAUACUGGAUAUCUAAUCAGUCAUUUACUCUGGCAGAGAUUGCUAUGAACUACCCUCGUUUCAUUGAUAUGCCAUAUCUGAUCGACAGAGAGUUUGAGAAGAUGUUUCCAAACAAGACAGACAUUUUUCUGCGCAAAUGGCACGCAACCAUGGUCCCAAAGUUGUUGAAGCUGGCUGCUCUUGAAGGAAAAGAUGAACCACCAGAAGCUGAGAGUGCUGAAUCAAAGUGCUAUAGAGCACUGAAGAUGCUCACACAUUAUCUGCCCCCUACUGUGUCAGGAAGAUCUAAGGGAUGGACAAAAUGCAGCAUCAAAUCAGCUCUGUCCUACAUGUUGGACAUUAAACAACCAGGAACAAGCUUCCAUGACCUCCUAGAAACCACUGACCCUGCUCUAGUGAUGCAACCUUGUCUGGAAGAGGGCCUCACCUGCAGUCUGGACAAACUCUUCAAGUCGUAUUGGGUUUCUUGCCUGUUUGGUAAAGUAUGAGUUGUUGAUUGAAAAAAUGGCAGCCUGUGGACAUGAUUUAAACAUUUUGAGUAUGAUAAGUGUGGCCAGUUGUGUGUCUAUAUUUGGUCAUAGCUACAGACCUGGUUGUGUGGUUUCCUUAAAAUGUGAUCUGGACAACGAACAUAUCUUUGGAGAAACAGUGUAUAUUGUUCCUUUUUCUGACCGUGAUGAGGUGUUCAUUUUGUUGAGAGUUCUCACUGUUAAGUAUUUUGAUGACCACCUUCACAUUUAUGUGAUUAAAAAGACAGAUUAAUUACAAGUGAUUAAUCUGAAAGAUGCAACUGAUGAUUUGCCACUUGAUGUAUAUGAGCUGAGAGAUUCUGAAUUGCUGACAAGAUACAGACUUAUUUCCUUAUUUCCUUAUUUAU